AUGGCAUCAAAUGGUGUGGAGGCCUUCAUCAAGGCGCUAUCACGGCUGUUAGGCUGGAUUUACACCGUGUGCUGGUCACUAUCAUUCUAUCCGCAGCCGAUAAACAACUUCCGUCGCCGCUCAACCUACGGCCUAGCAAUCGACUUUCCCACCAUCAAUGUUCUCGGUUUUGUGUGUUAUACUAUAUAUGCUGUUGGGUUUCUGUAUUCACCGCUCAUUCGGAAACAAUAUGCUGCGCGCAAUCCUUCCUCCCCGGAGCCAUCUGUGCAGUUGAACGAUCUUGCCUUCGCCGUGCAUGCUGUCAUCCUCAGCGCUAUCGUAUAUUCACAGUUCUUUCCUAUCAUUUGGGGCUUUAAGGUGGCUCCAUAUCAGCGCGUCAGUAAGCCCAUAGCUGGCUUGUUCUGGGGGUCCUUGCUUGCAGUCGCUCUGCUGGUGUUUUAUGUGCUGGGCAAAGGCCCCGACAGCGGCGCUGAUCCGUUUUCUUGGGCCUGGAUUGACGUUCUCUACGCCAUGUCGUACAUCAAAGUCAUCAUCACCGUAGUCAAAUAUGUUCCACAAGCAUGGUUGAAUUAUAAGCGCAAGUCCACCACGGGCUGGGAUAUUAGACAGAUAUUGCUAGAUAUAACUGGUGGAGUUCUGUCUCUCGUGCAGUUGAUCUUAGACUCGAGCUUUGAAGCCGACUGGAGCGGCGUCACUGGGAACCCUAUCAAGUUCUUGUUGGGCAACGUGACUAUCCUUUUUGAUGCGAUAUUCGUUUAUCAGCACUAUGUGCUUUAUCGAUCGCGAGAUGAUCCAGAAGAGGAAGAUGAAGACAUCAACAAAGACCCUAAUUUGAGAACGCCGCUUCUAUCCGAGGAUGGGGGCCUGCCCCGAUAG